GACAUGACGAGCUAUGGCCUGGCGGGAAGCUGCCCGAACGCGUGGCGGACCAGCGACCUCCGGAACUGGGAGAUUGCCGCGCUGGGGCCUUCAGCUGCCGGGCGGGCGGCGCGCCGCAGGCGCCGACUCGCCGCCGAGGCAGCCGCGAGGCGUGCGCGGGCUGGCGCCUGCAGCUUCGCCGACGCCAGCACGAACACCGACAAGAGCGCCAGCGGCAGGACCAAGUACAUCGUGAUCCAGAUCAGCCCGACCCAGUUAACCGCAGAGAACGCCGCGCUCAGCGGCCACUACGCCGACGACAUCGGGUCCAACCUGCGGAAGGAGGCGCCUGUCUUCGUGCCGAUGUUGGACCUGCAGGCUCUGCCUCAAGUCGUGCCGAUCGCAUGUGCGGCGGACCAGGCCUUCCUAAGAAGGGCCACCCGUGCCCACCGCGCCGCCGCUGCUGCUGAGGGUACCACCGAGAGCGAUUCCACCAUCGAGAGCGACUCCAGCCCGGCUCGAGAGCCACCCUCCGCAGCCGACGCCACGGCAGCGCCCGCCGAGGAGGCUGCGCAGGCU